AGAAACUGAAUAAUGUCACCGGGUGCUGGAUCUCUUGGGCUCAUUACCACCAACAUCCGUGAAAAAUGAGACCACGUUCAGUGCAAUGAAGCUCAUCAAAACCAAAAGAAGGGGGAGACUUAAUGACGAUACCCUGAAUGACCUAACGGUAGUUGUCCUUGAAUCUCCAGAUAUUGAACAGUUCAAUCCAGAUCCAGCAAUCCAAUACUGGAUGAUGACCCCCUCUGGCAGGAAAAGGCGACUUCAGUAUGAGAGGGCUGCCACUACCACUCCCCAGCAACCUGUUCCAGUCGUGGAUACCAUUGUGAAUCUGGCGGCAGAAGUUCAGGAGGAUCGCCAGAUAACCAGUGAUACUCAGGAGGACAGUCAGCAGGUCAGUCAGGAGGAGGUCAGUCAGCAGGAGGUCAGUCAGCAGGUCAGUCAGCAGGAGGUCAGUCAGCAGGAGUUCAGUCAGGAGGAGGUGAUGAAUCCAGCCUUUCUAUUUGACAAAUAUGAUGCUGAUGAUGGUUAUUCCUCAGAUGAGUCAGAGUGUGACAUGAGUGAGGAUUAUGUCACCUCGAUGCUUGAAAUGUUCUCUCGUGAAUAAAAUGUAUAAUGAACCAAAAUAAAAAGAAAAGAACCUUG